AUGGCCGGGAAUCCUGAGUCAUUGGAAAACAUGAUAACCGAAGUGACGAGCCCUUUGGCAACGCAUAUUGAUUUGAAUGCAUUCAAGAAAAUUUACGACCAAAUCAAUGCCGAAGCAAACGCUCCCGAAACUGCUCUGAGACUUCUCGCUCACAAAGUUCAGUCGCCCCAAGAGAAGGAGGCCAUGAGCGCUCUUGUGAUAUUGGAUCUCUGCGUUCAAAACUGUGGAUCACGCUUUCACGAUGAACUUGGUAAAUUCAAGUUCCUCAAUGAACUCAUUAAAGUCUUAUCGCCUAAGUAUCUCGGAGAGUCUACUUCUCCUGCUGUUCGCGAUAAGUGCAUUAUGUUGCUGUUCACGUGGCAGCGAGAUCUAGGACAGAAGUACCCGAAAAUACGCGAAGCAUAUCAAAUGCUGAGGACCCAAAAUAUUAUCACAGAAGAUCCUGUCAUUCCAAAUGAGGCAGAAACUAAUUUAGAGUAUCUCCAACGAAUGGCUAACAGAACUGAUAUUUUUAAGAACAGUCGACAUAGCGCCAAACUCCUUCGACUACUCAAAAGCCGCAAUCCAGAUGACUAUCGAGAGGCGAACGCAAUCAUCAAGAGUAUCGUCAGUGAGGAGGACGCCCGUGUUGAGAAGCGAUCCAAACGAGCCCUCGAACUGGAGACCCUACGCAGCAACGCCGAUCUGUUGGAGGAGAUGUUGAAGUGCCUGGGGCCUGGCGAGCCGUCGCCCUCAGACGCUGAUGUCAUGGAGGAAAUCGUCGCUAACAUCAAGCGAUCUCGUCCCAUCAUCUUUGAAUUGGCACUGACAGAUGAAGACCGCGAGGAAGGGUUCUUGGGCAAGUUUUCGUCUUUGGUGCGAUUCGUCAGAGCAUCCACAGUGUUGGAGCGUUACGAGGUGAUCGUCCUCCACCAGCCUCCCUCCACCGUCAGUGAUCCUGCAGCUCCGCCGCCUCCUCCGCCUCCACCACCUCAGGAGAGCCAGCCACCGGACCUGCUGCAGCUGGUGCCCGAGGCGCACCAGGAUCUGCUCACGCAUGACCUCCUCAUGCUCGGCAUCAGCGAUGCUGAGGCACCGGCGGUGCCGGAGGUGGCCUCAGAUCCUCCGCCGCCACCGCUGCUGCAGUCCUACUCCUCGUCGAAUGCCGAUCUCCUAAGCGACCUGCUGUGUGUGGCGUCUCCUGCGUCGCCAAGUCCCUUCGGCUCUGUUUUGCGUGUCAACGUUUAUGAGGCUUUCGUGCAACCGAACGCGCUCGCAUCGGUGUGUGCCUUUCUCAUUCAAAUCUGCCCCCCCCCCCACCGUCCCUCCACUGCUUUCUUCCACAAGUUUGUCGUUUGUUUUGUCGAAUUUACGCUUGAGACUGUAUUUCGUGCUUUGAUCACUGCAGUCAUUCCCGCGACUACUACUGAAUCGGUAAAGAUCCCAACUGAACCGCCGCAGCCAAGGUCUUCACCGCUCAUCAAUACCACCACGACGCCGGCGUUGGCAACUCCCGGCGGGGCCUUGCGGCAGCCCGCUUCAACUUCGUCCGGCUUGGAUGAUCUCGACGCUGUAAGCCAGGAGUUGCUUGGUUUGAUGACACAAUCAGGUAGCGGUGGGCCGCGUUCUGCGUCCCUCAAUUCUCUCUUACGAGACCAAUCGCCACGCAAGCCCGAUCCUCUUCCGCCGCCAACGCCGCCGGCAACCAACAGUGCCCCUCCUGCCCUCACCUCCCUGCCUGACCUCCCUCUGUCCGCCAUAAAGCCGCACCCGCGGCACACCCAACCCCUCUGUGUGUUCCCUUCGCCCACGGACGAGGAGGCCUCAAGUCAACCCGAGGUGGUUCUGCACUUCACCGCCAACCGGCCUGGUCCCUCCGUGUCCGUCUUCGUUGCCCCGUUGAAGUUGCGCCAGUUGCCCGCCUCAACGACUAGUCUUCCGGCGUUUUGUCCAUUUCUCCCGCCGAGUCCGGCCCAGCAGAUUAUCUACAUUCAACGACCACUGGAUGCCGAGAUCGCGACAGCUAAGGUGAAAUUCCAAAUCGCCUAUACCUUGGACGAUGAAAACGUUCUAGAAUCAGGUGUGGUGACAGUUCCACUUGACUAA